AUGCAUGCCAGACACCCCGGCAUGCGUGCCAGACACCCCGUCAUGUGUGCCAGGCAACCCGCCAUGCAUGCCAGACACCCCGUCAUGCAUGCCAGACACCCGUCAUGUAUGCCAGACACCCCGGCAUGCAUGCCAGACCCGGCAUGCAUGCCAGGCAACCCGCCAUGUGUGCCAGACACCCGUCAUGCAUGCCAGACACCCCGUCAUGCAUGCCAGACACCGUCAUGCAUGCCAGACACCCCGUCAUGCAUGCCAGACACCGUCAUGCAUGCCAGACACCCCGUCAUGCAUGCCAGACAUCCGUCAUGUACCAGACACCCGUCAUGCAUGCCAGAACACCCCGUCAUGCAUGCCAGACACCCCGUCAUGCAUGCCAGACACCCGUCAUGUGUGCCAGGCAACCCGCCAUGUAUGCCAGACACCCGUCAUGCAUGCCAGACACCCGUCAUGUAUGCCAGACACCCCGUCAUGCAUGCCAGACACCCCGGCAUGCUGCCAGGCAACCCGCCAUGUGUGCCAGACACCCGUCAUGCAUGCCAGACACCCCGUCAUGCAUGCCAGACGCAUCAUGCAUGCCAGACACCGUCAUGCAUGCCAGACACCCGUCAUGCAUGCCAGAAGCAUCCGUCAUGUAUGCAGACACCCGUCAUGCAUGCCAGACACCCCGUCAUGCAUGCCAGACACCGUCGCCUGCCAGACACCCCGUCAUGCAUGCCAGACACCCCGUCAUGCAUGCCAGACACCCCGUCAUGCAUGCCAGACACCCCGUCAUGCAUGCCAGACACCCCGUCAUGCAUGCCAGACACCCCGUCAUGCAUGCCAGACACCCGUCAUGCAUGCCAGAACACCCGUCAUGCAUGCCAAACACCCGUGUGCAUGCCAGACACCGUCAUGCAUGCCACACCCUGCAUGCCAGAACCCCGUCAUGCAUGCCAGACACCCCGUCAUGCAUGCAGACACCGUGACCAACAAGGCAAGAAAACAAGCACUUGUGUCGUCAUUUUAAUCAAGCGCUCACGGGUAUUCCUGUAG